AUGAAUAAUAAUUUAAUUGAUCAAGAAAAAGGUAUAACUCAGCAUAUAGAAUCAUCAAAUUCAUCAUCAGUUGAAAAUGUUGAAAAAACAUCAACAAAUUACAUUGACGAUGAAGAAGAGCCAGAGAUAUCAGAAGAACAUAAACAAUAUUUAAUAAAAAAACAUGGAACUUAUAAUCUUAUACCAUUACCAACAAUGGAUGAUAAUAAUCCAUUAAAUUGGUCAAAUUAUCAAAAAAUUUUACAAUUAUCAAUGGUUUCAUUUCAUGCAUUUAUGGCAACAUUUAUGGCUUCAGGAGUAGUACCAGCAUUUGGAGAAUUAAGUGUUUUAUUGGGACAUUCAACUCAUCAAAUUAGUUAUUUAACUUCUUGUCAAAUUAUUUUAAUUGGUUCAUUUCCAAUGGUUUGGACUCCUGUUAUGAAUAGAUAUGGUAAAAGAUUAUUAUUAAUUAUUUCUGUAUUUGGUAGUAUGUGUUUUUCAAUUGGUUGUGUAUUUUGUAAAGAUUAUGAAUCAUUAAUUGCUCUUAGGUGUAUUUCAGCAAUUUUUAUAUCUCCAGGAUUAGCAGUUGGUGGAGCAAUUGUUUCAGAAACUACUUUUUCUCAUCAAAGAGGUUCAAGAAGUGGUGUUUGGUCAAUUAUGGUUAAUUUAGGUACAAUGUUUGGUCCUUUACUUAUGGGAUUUGUUGCACAAUUUGUUGAACCAAAAUAUAUAUUUGUUGUAUUUGCAGCUAUAAAUUUUGUUCAAAUGAUUGCUUAUAUCUUUUUGGGAAAGGAAACAUCAUAUAAUUUAAAAGAUAAAUCAAGAAAUAUUAUAAAUCCAUAUAAACAAAUUUUUAGAAAAAAUGCAAUAUAUCCAGAAAAUAAGAUUUCAAUAUGGAUUAUAUUAAAUCCGUUCAAAUAUUUAAAAUAUUGGAAAAUUUUUAUACCAACUUUCGGUUAUACUAUAUUAUUUAUGCAUGGAAAUAUUGCAUUAAAUGUUCAAAUUCCACAAGUUAUGUAUACAAAAUACGGGUUGGGACCAAUGGCUUUAGGUUUACAAUUUAUUGGUUUCAUCAUUGGUACAAUAAUUGGAGAAAUUGGAGGAUAUUUAUCUGAUAAAUUAUUAAUUUGGGGUAAAAAAAAUGGUAAAGGUUCAAGUUUUAGAUUAUGGUUAACUUAUCCUGGUUAUAUAUUUUGUAUCGUGGGGUUAAUUGUAUUUGGUGUAGUUAUUGAUCAAACAAAUACUUAUCAUGUUAAAACAGUUGUUGGGUUAGCAAUUUCAGCAUUUGGUUUACAAGUUUCAACUUCACCUAUAAUUGCUUAUUGUAUUGAUCAAAAUUCAAAAGAUGCAAGUUCAAUUGUUUUAUUUAUAACAUUUAUAAGACAAUUAUUUGCAUUUAUUGGUCCAUUUUAUUAUCCUAUAAUGUUUUCAAAUAUUGGAUUUACUAAAUCUUAUCUGAUUAUGGCUGCUUUGGUGGGGGCUUUUGGUUUAAUACCAACUUUAAUUUUACAAUUUUAUGAAUCAAGAAGAGGAAGAUAA